AUGGCGGCCAGGUCCUCGUCGAUAAUCCGCCGAGCGCUUCUUUAUGUGCCGUCCUCGUCGGAAAAGAUGCUCACAAAGUCCUUGGGUCUGAAGUCCGACAACGUCACAUAUGACCUCGAGGAUUCAGUGACGCCGUCGAUGAAGUCCCAAGCCCGAGAUCAACUUCGCUCAUUUCUAUCGAACCAGAAGUCUCGCCCGGCUUCCAUCUCUGAAAUGGCUGUUCGAAUCAACGCCGUGGAGACGAAAUUCGCCCUGGAUGAUCUCACUUCUCUGGGGUCUCUCCCGAAUGUCGAUGCUGUCGUCGUACCUAAGGUCAAUUCUGCCGCAGACUUAACCUACGUAACCGAUGUUCUGCGGCACGUCGCUCCUGAAAGGCAUACUGCCAACUCGGAUAAUCCUGUCAAAAUCAUCGCGUUGAUCGAGUCUGCGCGGUCCGUGAUGAAUCUGUCGGAAAUAUGCAAGGCAUCCCCGUAUCUCAGCGGUCUGAUCUUCGCUGCCGAGGAUUUUGCUCUGGAUUUGUCAUUGACAAGGACUCCGGCGCUCACCGAGUUUUUGUAUGCGCGAUCUGCCAUCGUCACCGCUGCCAAGGCCGCCGGUCUACCCAGUGCUAUCGAUCUCGUCUGCACUUCUUAUAAGGGGGAUGAGGGACUGAAGCGGCUGGAAGAAGAAUCCCUUGGCGGAAAGUCGAUGGGCUUUAACGGAAAGCAGUGCAUACAUCCGAAUCAGGUUGAGAUGGUUCAGAGGCUAUUCGCCCCGGGCGAGAAGGAGGUGGAAUGGGCUGUCCGUGUUGCCAUAGCGGACGAGAAAGCCAGCGCGGCAGGUCGCGGGGCUUGGACGCUUGAUGGUAUGAUGAUUGACGCGCCAGUGACAGGAAAGGCGAAGGCCAUCAUUGCCAAGGCAGAGAAAUGUGACGUCGACAUAUCCAGCCUGCGAACCAAGUGGAAGGACCAGCAGCCUGAGUAA